GCCCGAGCAGGCAGCAUAGAGGACAGGCACUGCCGGGGCACCGGGCAUUCCUCUCCUGGUGUCCUCUGCAGCCAUGAGCACCCUGUACACCAACACCGGGCGCCACUACCCACCAGGGACCACAGUGGAGGAGUCUGAUGGUGACGGUGACGACUAUGAAAACAUGGCGCCACCCUACAAGGACCUUCCUCCCAAGCCAGAUUCCACGGCUCCCCCGAGGCCUCCCAGAGCAGGAAAGAAAUCGGAGACCCCUCCUCUCCCUAGCAAGCCCCCGAGGAUGACAGCCCUGGACCUCCCGCCUGUGCCGCGCAAGUCUCAUCAGUUGGGCGUUGAUCGGGAGCCUCCUCCUGUCCUGCCGUCCCAAACCACCACUCCAGUGCCCUGGCUCCAUCCGAAGUCCAAGAGUCCUGGGUGUCACCAGGAGGAGAGGCUAAAGGUGUACCUGUGUCUGCUGCUGCUGGUGACGUCCCUGAUCCUGAGCUGCCUCAGUCUGAUUGUGACCCUGAUGAAGUACCAGGAGGUGGUGGAGAGGCUGGGGAUGUUGACCUCUCAGCAGACGGCCUGGCAGGUGAACGUGACCGGCAUGGCGGGGCUGGCUGGCCUGAAGAAGGACAUCGACCGUGUCAGAGCAGACACCAACCAGUCCCUGGUGGAACUUCGGGGUUUGUUAGACUGUACCAGGAUCACCUGCCCUGAAGGCUGGCUCCCCUUUGAGGGCAGGUGUUACUACUUCUCUCCCAGCACCAAGUCAUGGGAGGAAGCCAGGAAGUUCUGCCAGGAGAGUUACUCUCACUUGGUCAUCAUCAAUUCCUUUGCUGAGCACAAUUUUGUGGCCAAGGCGCACGGCUCUCCACGGGUGUACUGGUUGGGGCUGAAUGACAAGAACCGAGAAGGGGACUGGAGGUGGCUGGAUGGGUCCCCUGUCACGUUAAGUUUCUGGGCCCCACAGGAGCCCAACAACAUCUACGAGGAGGACUGCGCCAGCAUGAACAACGGUGGCACCUGGAACGAUCUCUCUUGUGCCAAAACUACAUAUUGGAUUUGUGAGCGGAAAUGUUCCUGUUGAACCCCCCCGGGGCUGAAGCUAGAGGUGUGUGGCCCAGCGCCUCCCUGCUGGGGGUGAGAAUUCCCUGCCGUCCACAGAAGGCUCUGUGUCUCGGGGUAUGCUGAAGACGUGAUUGACAGCUGGACGUGACCAGCUCCCCGGGGUGCAGGCCAGGCCUUCCGGUUCAAGCAGAGGGGUGAGCUGGAGGGAGGCCGGGGACUUGGUGGUAGGUGCCCUCCCAUUUCUGAGAGGUGGAAGACGUUCAUCCAUUUCCUGAUCUUGAGAAGCGAUGCUGAGUCUGACAUUGAACCUGGGGGGCUCUGAGCAUGACGCUGAGCCCAGGAUAAAACACCCUGGCUCCCCUGAACCAUGAGGCUCCGGGCUCCUUGACCGCCUGGCUGAUGCAGACCCGCUUCUGGGAAGCUGUGGGGGCACGGUGAGCCUUGACCAUUCACUUUCUCAAUGUCUUGGGUGUCAUUUUGCACAAGCUAUGUGACAGAAUCAGAUCUCUGGCAAGACCUGGCCCAUAGAACUCCUAGAAAGACAAGACCACCUCCACGUAGUACAGCUGGGCCACUCCGUGACUUGGUCAGACCCACAGUACAGUGAUGGGCACUGUCUGUCUACCUCUGCCCGGGGCUGUUUGUGGGUCGUAAAGGUCUUUGGUGGUGUAGAAGUUCACUCACAUCUGGGUGGACUUUCCUGGGCUAUUCACUCUGGCAAAGUUAGUGCUUCUCAAAACGUGAUUUCACUGUGUAGUCCUGGCCCAUGGUGUUGGGUUCACAGGGCUGCAAUAACCAAAUACCAGAGGCUGGGCAGCUUAAAAAACAGAAAUUCAUUUUCUUACAGUUAUAGAAGCUGUAAGUCCAAGAUCAAGGGUGUCAUUUAAGUUGGUUUCUCUUCUUGUCUUGAGGAUAAUUGUCUUCUCCCUGUGUCUUUGAUGGGUCUCCCUUCCAUGGGUGUCUAUGUCCCAAUUUCCUCUUCUUAGAAGGACACCAGUCAUAUUGCAUUAAGGUCCACUUAAGGGCCUCGUUUUACCUGGAUUACCUUUUUAGUUACCUGUUUAACCUUCAAAUAUGAUCACAUUCUGAGGAACUGGGAGUUAGGAUUUCAACAUAUGUAUCUUUUGGGAAAGCAAAUCACCCAUCAAGAACCAGAAGUACCCUUUGGUCAUUUUGACAUCCCAAACACACCACUCUGAGGUCUGGCGCUAUCCCCGUGUGAGCACAAGGAACUCAACUCGGUGGUCCUUUUGGACAACCCAUGAAUUGUAAUCGAAUGGAUCAAAUUCUUGUUCGCCGAGUGCCCUUACCUAGUAGCAAAGUCCUUCCUGUUUGGGUUGAGAGCAGAAAGGUGGCUUUGAGGAGAGCAGGGAAGUGGGGGAGGGGGGUCCGCUUCACUUCCUGUCCCUCUGUUCUGGUCUCCUCCUACCCCUACAGCUGUCUCUACCUGUCACCCUCCCACCGGCUCCCUGCACAGUCCACAGCCUGCAGAGUGGGCAGGUGUAUUGUUCUCAGCCCUUCACCCAGGGGACCCUGGGUCCCAGGGACUGUUUAUCUGGGGGUCAGGGGAAGUUCCCGUAUCUCAGAAGAGGAAACUUGAGUUUCCUCCAAAAUAUUGUGUUAAGAAAAGAAGAAGCAGGGGGCUGUGGUCACAUCUCUUGAGUGGCUCGGGGAUGUGGGGGCCCACGGGGGUGCUGGCCCUUCCACAACUCCCACAACGGUCUAGUUGAAGACAGGCAAAUGGAAGAGAGGUUUCCUUUUACCAUUUUGGGUCCAGAGGAGCAAAGAUUAGGUGAAUUAAAAAUAAUAAUAGUCAUAGUUUAUCAAGCAUGAAUUAGUCAUUCGUAUUUAAGCCUCACCAUGACUGUGAAUCAGGAUAAUUAGCGACCCUACUCGAUACUGGGGAAAACCGAGCCCAGAGGGGUCUUGUGGCUCACCCACGGCCCUUCGGUGGGUAAGUGGCACAGUCAGGAUUUACCCAACGGCAGCGUCUGCUGCUUUCAAAGGGAUUGUCUGUGAACUUGAAUCAUCCUCGAGGACCGUGACCUUGGAGCUCUGAUCUCAGCUGGUUAUUCUGGGAAACUGAACAGCGUGAUGUGGUUGGAAACUGACACCCUGGGACAGGAGAGGAGACUAGGGGUUGAAUUCUGGGUGAGGUGAUGGUUGUCUUUGAGGCUUUUCUGGGGUUGUUACAUUGAUGAUGAGGACCAGGGAGCCGCCUGUGACGGUCUGGAGACUUCUGGAGAGCCUUUAGGAUGUGCUGGUGGAUUAGAUGUCGGGGGUGGUGGGUGAGAGAAAGAGGAAAGAAUGACUCCUAGAUUUUCAGUCUGAGCAACAGGAAAGAUGGAAUUACCAUUAUCAAUGACAGGGAAGAAAGAAUUCUUAUGAACUCCACCUACGUUUAGGUAGUCCAUGAACUUCUGCUGAAGUUCUUAGAACUUCUCUUAUCUGGUAAGUGGUGGGUCAGGAAUGGAAUCGUGUGUGUGUGUGUGUGUGUGUGUGUGUGUGUGUGUGAGUGAGAAUGGAAACCAGGGUCUCUCACAUGCUAGGCAAGUGCUCUACCCCUGAGCUACAUCCUCAGCCCAGGAAUGGAAUCUUUCUUUCUUUCUUUUUUUUCUUUUUUGUGGUGGUGGGGGGUACCAGAGACUGAACUCAGGGGCACUGACCACUGAGCCACCUCCCCAGCCCUAUUUUUUAUUUUACUUAGAGACAGGGUCUCACUGAGCUGCUUAGCGCCUCAUCAUUGCUGAGGCUGGCUUUGAACUCGCCAUCCUCCUGCCUCAGCCUCCUGAGCCACUGGGAUUACAGGCCUGCGCUGCUGCCCCCAGCUCAGGAACGGAGUCGUGUGCAUAGGGAAUGAGGUCGUGCCCUGUGGAUCUCCUUGAUCCUCACUUUUUCAGUGACUUCUAGUAGCCAGUAUCUGCCAUGAGAGUCAUCUGACUGGCUAUGUGGCCAGGAGGAAUUUUCAGGGUGGAAAAAUGCUCCCAGGAACAGCUUUCAACCAAAGCCUGGACUUGGUGUAUACCUGCCCAGGCUCCCUCAUCUCCCAGGAGAAUCACCUCCAAAGAGUGAGCUCCAGAUAGGUCCUGGAGGUCCCUGGAGGGAGUAAGCUCCAGUUGACGGCGGCUGUAGUUUGCUCAAAACCACGCCUUGUACCCUGGAUCCUACCAGGCUCCUUGGUUUCCCUGCCCCCUUCCUCCCGCCGUGCAUGUGGCUGUUCCCUGCCAGCACCUCCAAAUCAACCACCACUCGAUGGGCAGUGACUCCACUGACCAGUGUGUCAACCUCUCCUCGGUGUGAAAGUGACCCACGUUCGGUAGAAGCUGGAUUUCGAAUUUAGUUGACUAGAACUUGUGGGCACUGGACUGAAGUCUCCUUAUAGUCUUUUUACCUUUUCUUAAGAUUUUAUUGGAGGUACAAAAUAAUUUAGGGUCCCAGAUCUCAUAUAUAUUUGGAAACUAUUAACUUAUUUAUUUUAAAUUGAUGUAAAUUGUAUAUAUUAAAUAAAGAAAGUAAAAAUGUAUGUAUUUAUCAUGUACAACAGACGUUUUGAAAUAUGUAUAUGUUGUGGGAUGGCUGCAUGGAUCUAAAUACAGGUGCAUUACCUCA